CAGUUUGAAUGUUGGUUCUUAGGCGGAGAAGAAGGGGAAGGUGCUGGAAUGUCAACGAAUCAGCAGCUGCAAGCUCUUCACACAACAAGUCAUGGAGGUUCCCUUGGUGAGAAAGGCAUAUUUUCCAUCGGAGAUCAUUUUCAAGGAAAGAAACGGAAAGAUCUUGCGCUGCCCGAGAGUAUCAAAACGUCCAUCCAGUCCAUUCCACUCAACUCAGGAAGUGAUGUCAAAGAUAUUGUGAUUCAGUUUCAAGAGGCUCUGCAGUUAGAACCAGCAUCUUUAGCCAUUCCAGAGCCUAAGACGAAAAGUAUGAUUCGUGAGCUCGCCUCGAGAGCUAAAUCUGAGAAACGGGAUGAUUUGGUGAGAUACUUACGAGAGAUUACACCUGCUGGCACUACUGGACCGUUGUUGAAUGAGGAUAUGUCAGUUGGUUGCAUGCCACAUAAACAAUACAAGGAUUUGUCGCUCUGCCUUUCGGGUGGAGACGAGUGGAAAGUGUUGGCAGAAAGGAUGGGUUUCUCCCAAAUUGAAAUUCGCUUUUUAGACAAGAGAGUUGUGAAUCCCUCGGACGCUGUCCUUGGCAUUGUGGGAAACUAUCGCCACUUGAGUGUUGGAGAAAUCUAUGACACAUUGGUCGACUGCGAGCUACCAACUAUCGCGGAUCUAAUGUAA